CGAGAUGCUGAUCUGCUCAGGCUGUGCGGGUGAGAACAUGGCAGGCAUGAGUGCGACGGGUCCUCGGUCGGCUUCGGCCGCUGGACCGGUUCAACAAGGACUUAAAGAAGCCCUGAUUGAGACGUUAACAGCUAUCCUGUCCCCGGUUCAAGAAGUGCGAGCAGCCGCUGAGGAACAAAUAAAAGUGUUGGAAGUGACAGAGGGUAAGCAUGGAUGCUAGCAUUGCGAGACCAGCUGAUGUCAAGAGAGUGGAAUGGCAUGAUGAUAAAUUCCAUGCAUAUGGGCCUGUACGGAAAGAUACAUUGUAGCUAGCCAGCCACAACAUACAACACAAUUACUGUCAUGUAACUAACUAACGUUCGCUUGCUAUGAUAAAACAGAAUAUGUAGCUAGCUAACUAACUAGUUAAGUGGUUCUCUCAUAUUCAGUUGGCUAGCAAGUGGCGCAAAUUAAUCUUGUUAGCUAACUAACUUAUUCCAACUAGCUAGUUAGCAGCUAACACGUUAGCUAGCUGACAGAACAACCAUGUGUGUGAAGCACACUGUACCUCCAGGAUCCUUGUUUGCUAAACUUAGCAGCAAUUUGAUUCCAUUCUCUGUGUUGAAGUGUGUCUACACAUGAUGGUGGUGGACCAAAUCAAGAAGACACUGGCUGAAAUUAAAAUGGCAAUUUGACUAAUACAAAGAGCUAGCUUGCUAGAUGGGCUGACUAUGUAACGUUACAGCAGAUCAGACAUUUUUUAGAUAACGUUAUCUCGGGCCCUGCGUUGCACUUGUACUUACAUAAAACUGAAAAGUGUUCAGAUGAAUCUAUAAUCAAAGCUCAAAUCGUGUUAGAGUCGCUAUAGCAACCAUUCAAUCUGGAAUGUCACGUUUUCCCGCGAAUUUGAUAUCUUAGUAUUCCCGCCUUGCGACUUCCAGCCUUUGUACACUGACAUCAAAUGUUUGUAUAACGAACCCUGUCCUGACAUCAUCAGUCGUUUUUACAACUUGUUUUAAUAUUUCAGCAAAACAACAACGUAUUUUUCCUUGUUCCCCCUUUGAAUGAAUGAAUGUUCCAUCUGUCAAAUACGGCACAUGCCGUUCAACCCUAUUACCCAAUGCAUGUUGAAUGAAUUAUAGCUACCAGAUAUGCUAUUUAGUUAGGCCAACUUUUAGAAUAUUGUUUUAAUUCUAGACCUUCAGUUACAUAGCAUUGUUUAAAUAUUUCACAUGUAAUGUUAAUGGGGAGCUAACAUGGCUGCCAUAGAAUGUUGAAGUGUCAUGUAAAUGCAUCAUCAUAAUGCAGAAACUGCAUUGGCCCAAUUCUAAAUACAUGACUCUAGCUAUGUAGCAAAAUGCAGUAACUAGCUAGCUACCCUAAACCAGCUUGCCACUAAUCCAAAAUGCAGUGGGGGGUGAAUAUAGGGACAGUGUGUACAGUGCCUUUGUCUGUGGCGUUCCUCCAACAUGGCUAAAAGGCUGAUUGUGCAGGCUGUCUGUCGGGAUCCACUGCAGUGUCACAGUAGCAAGAAUGGGCCCGGCAGGCCUCUUUCUGAGGGAGCUUCUCUAUGUAGAACUAGAGCUGUCAGCACUAACAUUGUCUCCUGGACUCUGAUGUCACUCUCAGUUAAAGCCGGGACAGAGCGUGGCACAUUGGAGGGAUGAGGGUCUAAGUUUAACUGACUAGCCUAAAACAGAUUGGAAGAGUUCUCCAGUGCUUGUUGUAAAUGCUCAAAGGUGCUUAAUCGAUGUAAUGUCCUAAGUGCUGACCGAUUAACCAAAAUGUAUUUUUUUGGGUUUUUAAACAACGAAUUGACCAACGUUUGUUAAAUUAUUUGAAUUCCUUUUCAUUCAGUUUUUUCCUGAGCUCGAUGUGCAGUUUCUCUAGAGAUACAUGCCCCGUGUACCUCAGUUGGUAGAGCAUGAUGGUUGCAACGCCAGGGUUGUGGGUUCGUUUCCUACGGGGGGCCAGUAUGGGGGGUAAAAAAUAAAAUAAAAUGUAUGCAUUCACUAACUGUAAGUCGCUCUGGAUAAGAGCAUCUGCUAAAUGACUAGAAUGUAAUACAUCUGAUCAAGCCCAAACUGUGCGAUGUAGUAGGGAGUUGUAGUUUCCAACAGUCCAAUAUUUUACAUAGUUUAGCACAUAACUUGGUAAUUAACUACAAUGACCAUAAUCCAUUGCACGCCUACUUGUCCGGUCUGUGUGGGGCACGGAGCUGGAGAGAAGAACGUGCGAUCGAGAGGGAUAGAGAGCAGUUGCUUCGCAGGGUAUCUCUACCUGAAAAUACAUGAUCUGUGAUUGAUAGUUGGUAUUCAGCAGUCAUAAAAGUAUGCCUUAUUAACUUUGAAGAACUACAUAAGUGAUUUUGUCAGACAGCAUAGGCAGCAGCUCUAUAGAGAUGAGAUGAUGACUUGGAAUGAAAUAAUAAAGUCAUUAAAUAAAACAAAUGUAAUAUACACAACUGAAAUACUUUAUUAAAGUAAUGUGAAUAAAUGAUGGGAAAUAAGUGAUAAGCUGUAAUGGGCAGUCACUACCAUCAUGGGACUUUCAUUAAUUGUUUUAUUCUGUUACAGCAUUCGUCCCACAAUGCAUAGUGCAUUUAAUGUAAAACAUUUUUUAUCGAAAUCGAAAACCGUGUUUAUUUUGUAAUAAUCGAACUGACCUCAAAUCAGUAAUCGCUCAGCACUAAAUGUGAUACGUAUGUUUUUUUCCAAAUCUAAAUCAUAUGAACAUUUCGGACAUUUUGCAUCAUAGUUUCUGAUAGUGCACGUCACGUAAGGCUAAUGUGAUCUGAUGAUUGAUGUGUUCCUGAUGAUCUGUCCACUGUGUGUUGAUGUUGCUCCAUUUGUGUUGAAGAGUUUGGAGUCCACCUGGCAGAGCUAACUGUGGACCCUCGGGGAGCUCUGGCCAUUCGUCAGGUUAGUAAGCAGAACUGUCAUUCUUGUUCUAUUCUAACUAGAAGUCUAGUUCUAUGGUGUGUGAGACCACAUCUCAGUAUCUAAUUUACACUACUAUAUCAAUCAAUUAUAUGUGUGUGUGUGUUGUGUUCAGUUGGCCUCAGUCAUCCUGAAGCAGUAUGUGGAGACUCACUGGUGUUCCCUGUCUGAGAAGUUCAGACCCCCAGAGACCACAGACCGGGUAAGCAAAGCAACACAUCAUUCUUCCAACUAGAUGAAAUGUAUCAGUUUUGAUGGCUGGCUAUUUGAAAACAUAUUGAGAAAGAGGAGUUAUGAAACCACUGUUGCUGCCUAAAAUAUCUCUCUUUUCUCUCUCUUUCUCCUCUCCAGGCCAAGGCAGCCAUCAGGGAGCUGUUGCCUGGGGGUCUCAGGGAGGCCAUCAGUAAGGUGCGGUCCAGCGUGGCAUAUGCUGUGUCGGCCAUCGCCCACUGGGACUGGCCCGAGGCCUGGCCUCAGCUCUUCACCAUCCUCAUGGACAUGCUGGUCAGUGGCGAUGUCAACGCAGUGCACGGGGCCAUGAGGGUCCUCACAGGUAAAUGUACAUCCCAAAUUGACCCCUUUUCCUGUGCACCGCUUCCACUCUUACCUGUUUGUAUGCAUGUAUCGCAGUGUAUUCACAUCAUCCCUCUGGCCUUUUCUCACAGAGUUUACCCGCGAGGUGACAGAUACUCAGAUGCCUCUGGUGGCUCCGGUGAUCCUGCCCGAGAUGUACAAGAUCUUCUCCAUGAUGGAGAUAUACAGCAUCCGUACCCGCUCCAGAGCCGUGGAGAUCUUCUCCACCUGUGCCAACCUGAUCUGUGCGAUAGAGGAGCUGGAGAAGGGAGCGGCCAAGGCCCUGAUCUUCCCCGUGGUGCAGCAGUUCACUGAGGCGUUCAUUCUGGCCCUGCAGAUGCCUGAUGGACCCUCCUCAGACAGUGGCCUCAAGAUGGAGGUCCUCAAGGUGAGAAGAUGACCACAAGGAUUUAUACACCCAGGGAGGCUAGAUGAAGUUGGAGUUUUGUGAUCUGGAGGUCAGAUGUUAUUAUCGGUUGUCCUGAUCCAUCCUUCUCUUCACCUUUAUCUCUCCCCGCCAGGCCGUGACGGCUCUAGUGAAGAACUUCCCCAAACCCAUGGUGUCGUCCAUGCAGCAGAUCCUGCCCAUCGUCUGGAACACCCUGACAGAGAGCGCCGCUUUAUAUCCUUCACACUGCUGCAACUAUGUCCUCUCCUCUUCCAUCUUACGGUAGCUCAGUGUCUAUUCAUUCCCGUAGCAUUGGUUCACAUCUGUCAAUAAUGAAUGGCAAUGUUUCCUAUCUGAAUAUGAGCUAUUCACCUAGCUGUAGAGGAUGAUCAGGUAAACACUGGUCUGUGUCCUGGGAAUGGGGUUUCCUUAACCAGCUGUGCACUUAUGUCAGAACAGAGGUCAACUACACAGAGGAGGUAGACGACCCCAUUGACUCUGAUGGUGAGUACAACCUUACCGUCUUGUUCUUAUUUUCAUGCAUUUAGAUCACUUGUUAUAGUUCAUGAUUGAUUGGCCAUCAUGAUUGAUUGGCUGACUGUAUAUGUACUUUUUAAAUUGUCAAAUCAAUCAAUAUGUUACAUGGGCUGAUCUAGAACAUAUAGUAGAUAGAAAUAGAAAGUAGUAUAGAAUAUAGAUAGUAGUAUAGAAUAUAGAUAGAUAGUAUAGAAUAUAGAUAGUAGUAGUAUAGAAUAUAGAUAGUAGUAGUAUAGAAUAUAGAUAGUAGUAGUAUAGAAUAUAGAUAGUAGUAGUAGUAGUAUAGAAUAUAGAUAGUAGUAGUAUAGAAUAUAGAUAGUAGUAUAGAACAUAGAUGGUGAGCUAUUACUAUAUAAUUUCCUCAAGUCCUCUUGAUCUGGUCCAGAAGGGGUGUAUUUACAGUACAUUCUGAAAGUAUUCAGACCCCUUGACUUUUUCCACAUUUUGUUACGUUACAGCCUUAUUCUAAAAUAAUGACAAAGCGAAACAGGUUUUUAGACAUUUUAGCAAAUAUAUUAAAGAUAAAAAACAUACCUUACUUACAUAAGUCUCCUGUAGCUCAGUUGGUAGAGCAUGGCGCUUGCAACGCCAGGGUUGAAAAUGUCAGCAUCCCGGAGUCGCCUCUUUCACAGUUGACGUUGAGACUGGUGUUUUGCGGGUACUAUUUAAUGAAGCUGCCAGUUGAGGACCUGUGAGGCGCCUGUUUCUCAAACUAGACACUAAUGUAUUUGUCCUCUUGCUCAGUUGUGCACCGGGGCCUCCCACUCCUCUUUCUAUUCUGGUUAGAGCCAGUUUGCGCUGUUCUGUGAAGGGAGUAGUAUACAGCGUUGUACAAUUUUUCGCAUGGAAUAGCCUUCAUUUCUCAGAACAAGAAUAUACUGACGAGUUUCAGAAGAAAGUUAUUUGUUUCUGGACAUUUUGAGCCUGUAAUCGAACCCACAAUUGCAGAUGCUCCAGAUACUCAACUAGUCUCAAGAAGGCCAUUUUUAUUGCUUCUUUAAUCAGCACAACAGUUUUCAGCUGUGCUAACAUAAUUGCAAAAGGGUUUUCUAAUGAUCAAUUAGACUUUUAAAAUGAUAAACUUGGAUUAGCAAACACAACGUGCCAUUGGAACACAUGACUGAUGGUUGCUGAUAAUGGGCCUCUGUACGCCUAUGUAGAUAUUCCAUUAAAAAUCAGCCGUUCCCAGCUACAAUAACCAUUUACAACAUUAACAAUGUCUACACUGUAUUUCUGAUCAAUUUUAUGUUUUAAUGGACAAAACAAUUGCUUUUCUUUCGAAAACAAGGAAAUUCCUAAGUGACCCCAAACUUUUGAACGGUAGUGGAUGUAUGUGUGUGUGUUUGUAUAUGUGUGUGUAUAUAUAGAUAGAUAUAGGUAGAUAUAUAUCUAUGCAUACGCCAUUUUAAGAAACGCUUUUAUCCAAAGCUACUAAGUCAUGAUUGCAUACAUUUUAUGUACGGGUGGUCCCGGAAAUCGAAACGACUAUCCUGGCGUUGCAAGCGCCAUGGUCUACCAACUGAGCUACCAACUGUGCGUUUUUCUUCCAGGUGAGGUUCUGGGCUUUGAGAACCUGGUGUUUAGUAUCUUUGAGUUUGUCCACACGUUGCUGGAGAACAGCAAGUUCAAGAGUACAGUGAAGAAGGCUCUUCCUGAGCUCAUCUACUACAUCAUUCUCUACAUGCAGAUCACUGAGGAUCAGGUACACACUCCCUCACUCCUCUGUGUGUGUGAGAGAAAUUAGUCUAUGAUGCAGGGUUCGCACAAGGUGCUUGAGAUGUUUAAAGUACUUGAAUUUGGCACUCUGAAAUUCAAGUACUGGAAUACCUUGAAAAUCAGACAUUUCUGAAGUUGGUACUUGAAUUAAAAUGAGAGGAGAACAGAAAAUGAUCUAAUAUGAAAAAUAUUAGAAAAAUGUAUUGGUCUUACUAAUUAAUUUCCAGGCAGACUACUGAGUUUUAUUUCCUCAAGUGUUUCAUGCUCUGGUUGCCAGGCGAGCAUUGGUGAGUCGGCCCUGAAGGGGGGAAAGACACAAUGCUGCAUCCUGCGCUGGCGCCAGUUCUACAUUGACUUUUUCUCUCCAGAGCUUUUUUGCCUCAAUCGAGGGGCGCCCGCGAUAUUCCGCUUUAUCAAGCAGCAGCUGUGCUCCUGCCGUUCUGAUGGCUGUUCACGUGCCGUUUUCCUCACACAGACCUUCAGCCGAACGGCGACACUAAAGCUGGCAGUCGGAAUCAAGACGCUUUUUCGUAGCUAUUAAGUAGUAGAUUCCCAAUAAAAUUCAAUACAGUCAUUAAGCUGGAAUUGUGUAGUAAUGCGAAUAGGGAAUGUCUGUUCGCCGGUAGGCAUGUCCCAAAACUCUGCUCAUCACAACUCAAAUUACAACAUCAUCAGUACUGACUUACUGCUCAUGUAUUUAGUAAAUAAGUAGUAAAACACAUAUUAUUGAGUAAAACUUGUAAGGUAGUGAUGAAUGGUACGUUUCUUUUUUUAUGAGGUUGUGGCGAUAUACUGCCAUCUGGUGAUGACUACAAACAAUUGCAUAAUAGGAACUAUUACAAAUUGAUGUUCCUUGAAAAUAAAUAUUAGUGCUUGAAAAAGUACUUGAAAGUCCUUGAAUUUGACUUGCCACUGUCUUUAGGAACCCUGAUGAUGUCAUGGUUAUGUGUUCCUCAUCAGUAGUCUAUGAUAUCACGGUUGUAUGUGUUCCUCAUCAUCAGUAGUCGUGUCUCUGUAGAUCAAGGUGUGGACGGCCAACCCCCAGCAGUUUGUGGAGGACGAGGAUGACGACACCUUCUCCUACUCCGUCAGGAUCUCAGCCCAGGACCUGCUGCUGGUGAGAACUUUAGUCUGUGGGCAAAUAUCAAAUGGUACCCUAUUCCCCAUAGUGCACUACUUUUGACCAGAGUCCUAGCGUGUGUGUGUUUCUCUGUAAAACUAAAACCCCAUAGUUUAACUCCUCAGUUACUUCUGCAUGUUUACGUUCUGGUCAAUGUGACCUUUCUGGAGACAAGACUUCUCAUUCCAACCUUCCUCCUCUUCCAAUAGGCUGUGGCGACAGAGUUCCAGAAUGAGAGUGCGGCAGCGUUGGCGGCAGCAGCAACAAGACACCUGCAGGAAGCCGAGCAGGCCAAGAACAGCGGCAAUGAACACUGGUGAGGACCACACACACACCGGCUGCAUGACAUGGCAAACAGUGGAUGCCUCUUAAUUAAUAGUCAUUAGUGGCUUCCUCUCCUUGUCUCCAGUUUGUCCUCGGCGCUGAACUAAAUAACCGUUAGGUGAAAGCAAUAUGGAUGCGUUUCAGGAAUUUGCUUUAAUCUGUCCAGGUAUUGUCAUGUCAGUGCAGACUGAAGAAUGAAAACAAGGAGAGGAGAUCACUUUCGACCAAUGUCCCCUUUAAGCUGCGCGCAGGUGCUCACUUCUCCGGGACUGCCGCGCAGAAGAAAUAUCAGCCCGUGCAGAGAAGCAUGGGGUUGAACUUCACUCAACUUUCAAGAGUUUUCCUCCUUAGUUAACACUAUCAACAUUUCCCUUUACUGUGGGAAAUUCUGAUAAAAUCAACGCAAUUUUAGCCUCUUUCAAUGCAACAUUCCAAAACAAAAUGACCUAUGCAAGAGAUUUUGUUGUAGGCAGAACGCAUCGAAGUAGGAUUCUAUUGCAUUGACAUUCUCCGACUCAGCCCCUACUCUACACAGACGGGUGUGGCAUAACCAAUCAGUGCUGCAGUAGGCCUAUAUGCAAAUAGACCAUUACCAUAUAUGGAACUGUGCCAUUUACUUUGAACUGGACUGUGUUUACAGCAUGAGUGGUUGUGAGUAGAUGCACUUGUUUUGAGAUCAAAGGGAGAGCUGCAUGUAGCCAUGUGUCCACAUUUGUUCAAAUCCUUUGCUAGUUAGUGAGUUAUUAGCCCAGUUAUACAGUGGGGAGAACAAGUAUUUGAUACACUGCCGAUUUUGCAGGUUUUCCUACUUACAAAGCAUGUAGAGGUCUGUAAUUUUUAUCAUAGGUACACUUCAACUGUGAGAGACGGAAUCUAAAACAAAAAUCCAGAAAAUCAUAUUGCAUGAUUUUUAAGUAAUUAAUUUGCAUUUUAUUGCAUGACAUAAGUAUUUGAUCACCUACCAACCAGUAAGAAUUCCGGCUCUCGCAGACCUGUUAGUUUUUCUUUAAGAAGCCCUCCUGUUCUCCACUCAUUACCUGUAUUAACUGCACCUGUUUGAACUCGUUACCUGUAUAAAAGACACCUGUCCACACACUCAAUCAAACAGACUCCAACCUCUCCACAAUGGCCAAGACCAGAGAGCUGUGUAAGGACAUCAGGGAUAAAAUUGUAGACUUGCACAAGGCUGGGAUGGGCUACAGGACAAUAGGCAAGCAGCUUGGUGAGAAGGCAACAACUGUUGGCACAAUUAUUAGAAAAUGGAAGAAGUUCAAGAUGACGGUCAAUCAACCUCGGUCUGGGGCUCCAUGCAAGAUCUCACCUCGUGGGGCAUCAAUGAUCAUGAGGAAGGUGAGGGAUCAGCCCAGAACUACACGGCCCAGAACUACUCUCACAGUUGAAGUGUACCUAUGAUAUAAAUUACAGACCUCUACAUGCUUUGUAAGUAGGAAAACCUGCAAAAUCGGCAGUGUAUCAAAUACUUGUUCUCCCCACUGUAGAUACUUUGUGGUCAGCAAUGGGAGAGUGAUUGCUUCCUACACAAAACAUGUGCAUUUCUAGACAUCUUUGAAAAGGGAGUCCAGUAAACGGCCCUUUAACACACAAAAAAAAGCGUGUGUUGUAUUUUGAGACCGGCUUAAAUAAACUAAGUAGCCAUUAGGCAGAGGGUAGGAUAAUUUUCAGAUUUUCUGUAAUAAUGGUAUGGGAAUAAUAAUGCAUUUUAUUUUGUAAAGUGGUUUCUUGCAUCAAAGAACACAACAACAACAUUUUCAGUCAUCUCCUUGUCUGAAGAACAAGUUGAUGAACAGGUUCAUGUCAAGCCCUGCAUGUUUUUUUCAAAAGUCUCAUGGAAUGUAGGCCUAUGUUGAACACCACACAUUGGCUGCUACUGUAGGCCGAAUGAUAGGACAGCUAUUUCCAUGUUAAAAUGUUAUGGGAUGCAUUUUCUCCAUAGUUUUUUAUGGUAGGCCACUCUGGUAGGCCUACAUUUAUGAUAAAAUAGCCACAGUAGCCUACUUGGCCACUGUCUGAAACUGUAACUUAAAGCGGGUACAGCCUCAGUGUUCACAGUAAACACGCGCUGGAAGUUGCACAGAAUUUUCACAAUGUUCAAGUUUGCGCUCAGCAGACCUGAAAUUUGCUCAGUGCCUAAUUUUUUUGGAGUGAACAUUGCUUGCAUUGAGUUGCACGCCAUAGCUAAACCAUCACCAUGCAGUCAUACUGUAGGUCAGCUCUCUCCUUACUCCUGUGUUGUACCCUCCUGCAGGUGGAAGAUCCAUGAGGCCUGUAUGUUAGCUCUGGGCUCAGUGAAGACCAUCAUCACAGAGAACGUGAAGAACGGACGUGUUCAGUUUGAUAUGCACGGCUUCCUGGCUAACGUCAUCCUGGCUGACCUCAACCUCACAGGUUAGUCAGUCUGGGAUCUGUAGCUCCGCUCCGGGCAGCCGUGUUCCGUUAUAUUGUUCUUUCAAGAAAUGUCUGAUUUAGACCGGGGAAACCAGGUGGGUGGACUCCCUAGGCAAUCAUUGACAUUGCGAUCAAUUGAUUACAUGAUCAAUGAAGAGUGAGGGAGAAACAAUAACCUUCAGACAUCGUAGGCCUGGAGGACUGGACCGUGACUCACGGUACAUUACGUGCCUAUAUAAUAACCUCCUGUCCCCUUCCUCUCUCCCCCCCCAGCGGCCUCUCCGUUCCUGCUGGGCCGAGCCCUGUGGGCGGCCAGUCGCUUCACAGCAGCCAUGUCCCCUGAGCUCAUCCAGCAGUUCCUCCAGGCCACCGUAAGCGGCCUGCACGACAGUCAGCCCCCCUCAGUCCGCAUCUCAGCCGUACGCGCCAUCUGGGGGUGAGGGAGAUCAAAGUUCAACACUUGGGAUAUACCUUGAUAGUUCUGGCAAGCUGUAGAUUCCACUCCUUCAGUCAUCAUCAUAAUAACAGUAAGCUAGGCCAGGUAGAAGCAGUGAUGGCAUACAGUAGAUAGAUGGAUAAAUCCCUCUAGUUUGUCACCCAACUAGCCAGACAACACAAACCGUCACUACACCAUAACAGUAAAUGUGUUGGUAUGCAGGUGGUAAUUCUGUGUGUGCUCUCCUCAGGUACUGUGACCAGUUGAAGCUGUCCGAGAGUACCCACGUCCUGCAGCCGUUCCUUCCUGCUGUUCUGGAGGGGCUGGUGCAGCUGGCAGCCCAGUUCAGCUCCGAGGUGCUCACCCUGGUCAUGGAGACCCUGUGUAUCGUCUGCACCGUGGACCCUGCCUUCACCACCAGCGCAGAGAACAAGAUCUGCCCCCUCACCAUCGCCAUCUUCCUCAAGUAUAGUAACGGUAGGUAACUAUAGUAACCUUGGCAGUUGGCGCUCUUGUCUUUUUAUUAUUAGUGUAUCAUAGGUGCAUUGAGGUAUUACCAUAUGGCUUACAUCUAUCCAAUCCUAACAGAUCAACACUUGUGCCUCCAUAUCUAACUCUCCCUCCUCUCCCCAGACCCGGUGGUGGCGUCUCUGGCCCAGGACAUCUUUAAGGAGCUGGCCCAGAUCGAGGCUUGCCAGGGCCCCAUGCAGAUGCGCCUCAUCCCCACCCUGGUCAGCAUCAUGCAGGCCCCGCCUGACAAGAUCCCCUCCGGUCUGUGUGCAGUAAGUCACCGCUGGCUUGGUGCCACCAGCUACUAUGGAAGUCGUUAAUUUACAGCAGCACUGUGUGUCGGGGUCUAACAGGGUUGGUGUCAGCUCCAUUGGUAGUGGUCACCAAGCCAGGGCCUAGAGGAAUUAGGUUACAGGGGUGUGAAGGCUUUUAUUCCAGCCAGGUACUUAAACAUAUGAUUGAACUAAUCAAGUAAUCAUUUCCUUGACUUAGUUCAAUCUGGUGUGUUAGUGCAGGGCUGGAAUAAAAGCCUGCACUCUCCAGGACCAUGGUUGGUGACCACUCUAAUCUGGCCUCCUUAUUUACUAUCAGCGUUUAGGGUCCUAGUCAGUCAUAUAGUGACAGUUGUCUCCUGUGUUCUCCCUGACAGACCGCCAUAGACAUCUUGACCACGGUGGUCCGACACACCAAACCCCCGCUCUCUGAGAUGCUGGUCUGCCAGGCCUUCCCUGUGGUGGCCCAGUGUACCCUCCGCACGGAUGACAACACCACCAUGCAGGUACACACAUACACACACACUGAGGACCCAAAGAUGUUAAUACCAACUGUUGUUAUACCAGUACACUUUGUAAUUAUAUAUUUUCCCCCCCUGUAUGUAUUAAUUCAUGGAAAUUAAAUGAACUCUAACCCAUCCUCUUCAGAACGGUGGUGAGUGUCUGCGGGCGUAUGUGUCAGUGGCCCUGGAGCAGGUGGGCCAGUGGAGGGACACGGAGGGCCACAGUGGUCUGUGGUACGUGAUGCAGGUGGUCAGUCAGCUACUUGACCCCAGGACAUCAGAGUUCACCGCUGCCUUCGUGGGCCGCCUGGUGUCCACGCUGAUCGCCCGCGCCGGCACCGAGCUGGGAGAGCAGUUAGACCAAAUCCUCAGAGCCAUCCUCAGCAAGAUGCAGCAGGCCGAGACCCUCAGCGUCAUGCAGGUAGGAAGCAACACUUCUGUUUGUCUUUCUCUGGAACUUUGCUCUCUAAAUCUGUCAGAGGGAAUUCAGUGUUCUCAGGGAUGUUGAGGUUUCAACCCGCCAAGCUGUCAGUAUUCAGUUUAUACUCAUCUGUUGUCUAGUGACUUGCGUCAUGGUUAUUCAGCAAUUACUUUGACACCCAUAUAGACCCUGCUAAUAUUGGACUCCUCUCCCCACUCUCUGAUAAUCUCUCUCCUCCUCUCCCCCCCAGUCUCUGAUCAUCUCUCUCCUCCUCUCCCCCAGUCUCUGAUCAUGGUGUUUGCCCACCUGGUCCACUCUCAGCUGGAGCCUCUGUUGGAGUUCCUGUGCAGUCUGCCGGGUCCCACGGGGAAACCAGCCCUGGAGUUUGUCAUGGCUGAGUGGAUGAGCCGACAGCACCUCUUCUACGGACAGUACGAGGGCAAAGUCAGGUGAGGGCUUAGGGCUGUCCCUGGAGCAUCCACAGUCCUCAAGAUGGAUGGUAGAGUAGAAUAUGACUGUUUUCCACCUGGUGAAGAAAAGGUGUGUUCCUCUCUGUAUUCCCCUUUCCACCUUUAUGAAUAGGGAUUUAUCCUUUUUUCAGUUUAUAAUGUUUGUGUUUCCCCCUCUCCUGUUGUCUCUGUGUAGUACGGUGGCCCUGUGUAAGCUGCUGCAGCACGGCCUCAACACCAACGACAAGCGUCUCCAGGACAUCGUGGUCAAGGGAGAGGAGAUCUUUGGCCCUGACGAGGGCAUCCGCACACGCUCCAAGUCUGCCAAGAGUACGACCCGCAGCUCACUUGACUAAUUUAGCAUGUAGUACGCAAAAAAUCGAAUAUAAGAGAAUAAAACUGUUCACAUUUGCACAUGGUAAUUAAAUUGUCUUUAUGAAAGAAUGACCCUCAUAAGCACCCUUCUCCCCCAUUCUCUUGUCUAAUGUAUGACAAAGACAAGGGGUGGAUUGGCUAUAUGUUUCUGUUGGUGGGCCAACUCUUUGAUCGUAUGGACAUCUUACAGUGUGGCUGUAAGGUCUCUGUCUGUCUUUCCCCAGAUCCAGAGAAGUGGACCAACAUUCCAUUGCUAGUGAAGGUCUUUAAGCUGAUCGUCAAUGAGCUGUCUUCUGUGGUGGAGGCCAACACGACCAGAGCUGCCGCAGCAGACUGGAGUCAAGGUCAGGGCUAUGGCGGUCAUUACAUGUUGUCAGCCGGCGAUUGUCAUUCAAGUAACUGCCGGUCUCACAGUAAUUGACCGUGAAUUAACAUAAACACCUUUAGCAUCUCUGGCUUCCACACAUAGCCUACAACCCACUGGUGCUGACCUUUUGAGACAUUUACAUUUGUAAAAAGUCUUAAUAUAUCCAUUUAAUAUAGCCUACAACAUCACAUCAUAAAUCCAUUAUUUAUUUUAGGCAGAUUUAAAGAAAAUGUAAUCCUUAUGUUAGGCCCUGAUCUGGCUAUGCCAUAUGGCUGUGGACUACACUAGUUCAUUUAGCAGGCAAGAUUUGCUUAGAAUUCCCAUGGCAUUAUUUUAUAGUAUGAACAAUACAAUUGAACAUAGCUAAAUAGAAAGCAUAUUUUCCCCAAACGAUUUGAGGUAGUGCGCAUAUGCAGCUGUUCUGUGUUGAGCAGUUAACAAAGAAACAGGUCCUCCUAUUAUGCUUAAUUUAGAGUUAUUUAUGCAACUUUAGUUGUGAUAAACGUUGGGCUAUAUGUUUUGAUUUUUAAUACAUUCUAAGGCUGCAUGAUGCGACGAAUGACGAUUUGAAAAAAGUCUCAUGAAAGGGAGGCGCUCUGUUUCUUGCGCAGGCUGCACACACUUCAUCAGUCUCUCAUUCACAAUUUGUCAAGGACUUGAUAAUAUGCUCACGCAGUAUUCUCAAUUUAAUAUUCUCUUUACGUAUAGCCUACGAAGACACAUGACUAAAAGUAUGUGGACACCUGCUCGUCAAACAUCUCAUUCCAAAGUCAUGGGCAUUAGUAUGGAGUUGGUCCCACCUUUACUGCUAUAACAGCCUCCACUCUUCUGGGAAGGCUUUCCACUAGAUGUUGGAACAUUGCUGCAGGGACUUAAUUCCAUUCAGCCACGAGCAUUAGUGAGGUCGGGCACUGAUGUUGGGCGUUUAGGCCUGGCUUGCAGUCGGAGUUCCAAUUCGUCCCAAAGGUGUUCGAUGGGGUUGAGGUCAGGCCUCUGUGCACCCCAGUCAAGUUCUUCCACAUUGAUCUCGACAAACCAUUUCUGUAUGGACCUCGCUUUGUGCAUGGGGCAUUGUCAUGCUGAAACAAGAAAGGGCCUUCCCCAAACUGUUGCCACAAAGUUGGAAGCACAGAAUCGUCUAGAAUGUCAUUGUAUGCUGUAGCGUUAAGAUCUCCCUUCACUGGAACUAAGGAGCGUGAACCAUGAAAAACAGCCCUAGACCAUUAUUUAUCAUCCACCAAACUUUACAGUUGGCACUAUGCAUUGGGGCAGGUAGCGUUCGCCUGGCAUCCGCCAAACCCUGAUUUGCCGUUGUUGCUCCUAGACAUUUCCACUUCACAAUAACAGCACUUCCAGUUGACCGGGGCAGAGCUCUAGCAGGACAGUAAUUUCAUGAACUGACUUGUUGGAAAGGUGGCAUCCUAUGACGGUGCCACGUUGAAGGUCACUGAGCUCUUCAGUAAGGCCAUUUUACUGCCAAUGUUUGUCUAUAGAGAUUGCAUCGCUGUGUGCUCGAUUUUAUACACCUGUCAGCAACGGGUGUGGCUGAAAUAUCCGAAUUCACUCAUUUGAAGGGGUUCCACAUACUUUUUUUUAUAUAUAGUGUAUAUGUGUGGAAUUAUUUUUUAUUUAGAAUGACCCACAAUAUAAUACAAUGCCAGGUAGGCAACAACGUUUGUAAAGCGGGUUAAUGUGCUUAAUGUUUUAGAAUUUAGCAAUAAAUAUAGCAGGACUACAAAAAAUGGCAUCCGCUUGUAUUAUAUAGUGGCCAGUCAAAACUCUGUUGAAUUGAAAUACAUUUGCCAAAGUUAUAGAAUUACUGCUGUCUGUUCAGAAAUACAUUAAAUCAUUCAUAAUAGCCUACUACACCAUGAGAAGGUCUAUAAUUUAGCCGCAGACGAUCAAUAGCUUCUUUUUUUUACUUUUUUUGCCUACCUGUGGAUUGUGUGUAGCCCAAUAACAAGGCAUAGCCUACAGUCGAGAACGCGCAUCAAAUACAGUGAACAGCAUGCAGACAAAACAGGCCUUUUGCAAGAUUUUAAAAUACUAUUGUGGAAAACCGGUUAGAAAGCAAAUGGCUUCUGCAGAAAAGAGAAGUAAAAUAUGUAUGCUGUAGGCUAAGAAAUAUUUGAUCAUCUUCCAAAUAUUAUUUUACGAAGUAAAACUAGAGAUCGGCUUUUGGCAUGAACGCAUCGGCCAUCACCAGCGAGUGAGCUGCGCAUCAUUGGGUGAGUCAGUGAAUCUGGAAAGCAUUUUUAGGACUAUCAUUUCCUCAUAUUGUAGCCUACAGUAUGUACCUCUCCACACACACCUAGGCCUUGGCUAUUGAUGGAUUCAAGACAAGGUCGUUUUUAUUGAUCUCAGUUUGUCAGUGUCAAAGUAGCCUAUCAUUUAGAUAAUUUGUACAGUAUUAAAAUAGAUUUACAAUUGCAUGAAAUGCGUUUAUAAAAGGCCAAAAUUUUCCAGGAUCCUAGGCUACUAAAAAUGUUCCCCAUGUGUGCAACUUCUGUAAGUGCAUCAACUCUACUGCUCUAUGCCACUACGCAAAUGUGAUGAUAUGCAUGCAAUGCUUUAUUAUAAAGGUCAAUGUUUGUUUUUGUUAGAUUUCUUUUUUUUUUUUUAUGUGUUCCGGUACCUCAGAGCUCCCCAGGUCAACCCACUCUCAAGCUCAGUUUUUGUUCCGGCACCUCCCGAUUUGACAAAUUAAGCACUGGUCUUUACAUAUACUAAAUAAUGUGUGUGAAAUUAGUUUUGAUUUAGAAUGGUCCAUUAUCAUGCACCUGUCGGAAGAGGGGUAAAAAAUACAUGUCAUCCAUAUGCACUUGAAUAGCAAAUGGAGGACACUUUUCCCGUGGUUCAUUUUCAUGCCAGCCAGGUAGGCUACCCUGGUUGUAAAGCGAAGCAAUGUGCUUAAUAUAUGGAAUGUUGAGAAAUAAAUAUAGUAGGCCUAGCCAAUAGAAAAAUGACGGGAUCCUCCUCAUUGUAAUAGAGGCCAUCAAAACUCUGUUUUCUCAUGUAAUUGCAUAGCCUAUAGAAAUGUUGCGGAACAGGAACACUUAUUUUAUUCCAUGCACCAACCAGCUAUGAGGAGCUAGCUCUCGCUGCGCAACAGGGGAUCCUAUUCCACUCAAACUCUGAAUGCCAGGGCUCUCAUGAAGUGUUUGAUUUGAUUUUCGAUUGCCUUUGCAUUGAUGUCAGUGACAGUAGAGCGCUGAUGACCAUCAGAGCGCAGUUUUGGAGAAGCCUAGUUACCGUGACUCAACGGUCACAUGGAAGUUGACUGCGGUCAUGACUGCAGGUGUAACGGUAAUACGGUCACCGUAACAGCCCUAGUCAAGGUGAUGCAUCACAGCUAUGCCACAGCCACACGUCACACACGUCAAUGUCUCUUUUUGGCCUUGAAGAUAGAGUUCAGCCAAAUUACACAAUUAUACUGAACAAAAAUAUAAAAGCAACAUGUAAAGUGUUGGUCCCAUGUUUCAUGAGCUGAAAUAAAAGAUCCCAGAAAUUGUCCAUAUGCACAAAAAGCUUAAUUCUCUCAAACGUUGUGCACAAAUUUGUUUACAUUCCUGUUAGUGAGCAUUUGUCCUUUGCCAAGAUAAUCCAGUCACCUGACCGGUGUGGCAUAUCAAGAAGCUGAUUAAACAGCAUGAUCAUUACACAGGUGCACCUUGUGCUGGGGACAAUAAAAGACCACUCAAAAAUGUGCCGUUUUGUCACACAAGACAAUGCCACAGAUGUCUCAAGUUUUUAGGGAGCGUGCAAUUGACAUGCUGACUACAGGAAUGUCCACCAGAGCAGUUGCCAGAGAAUUGAAUGUUAAUUUCUCAUUUUAGAGAAUUUGGCAGUACGUCCAACUGGCCUCACAACCGCUGACCACGUGUAACAACACCAGCCCAGGACCUUCAUAUCUGACUUCUUCACCUGCGGGAUCAUCUGAGACCAGCCACCUGCACAGCUGAUGAAACUGAGUUUGCACAACCAAAGGAUUUCUGCACAAACUGUCAGAAACCGUCUCAGAGAAGCUCAUCUGCGUGCUCGUCGUCCUCAGCAGAGUCUUGACCUGACUGCAGUUUGGCUUCGUAACUGACUUCAGUGGGCAAAUGCUCACCUUCGAUGACCACUGGCACGCUGGAUUGUGCUCUUCACGGAUUAAUCCCGGUUUUAACUGUACCGAGCAGAUGGCAGGCAGCGUGAAUGGAGUUGUGAGGGCGAGUGGUUUGCUGAUGUCAACGUUGUGAACAGAGUGCCCCAUGGUGGCGGUGGGGUUAUGGUAUGUGCAGGCAGGCAUAAGCUACGAGCAACAAACACAAUUGCAUUUUAUCGAUGGCAAUUUGAAUGCACGGAGAUACUGUGACGAGAUCCUGAUGCCCAUUGUCGUGCCAAAUAAAAAUUAAAAAUGGUGUUCUAUGACCAACAGAUGCAUAUCUGUAUUCCCAGUCACGUGAAAUCCAUAGAUUAGGGCCUAAUGAAUUUAUUUCAAUUGACUGAUUUUCCUUAUAUGAGCAUGUUGCGUUUAUAUGUUCAGUGUAUACAGUGGGGAGAACAAGUAUUUGAUACACUGCCGAUUUUGCAGGUUUUCCUACUUACAAAGCAUGUAGAGGUCUGUCAUUUUUAUCAUAGGUACACUUCAACUGUGAGAGACGGAAUCUAAAACAAAAAUCCAGAAAAUCACAUUGUAUGAUUUUUAAGUAAUUCAUUUGCAUUUUAUUGCAUGACACAAGUAUUUGAUACAUCAGAAAAGCAGAACUUAAUAUUUGGUACAGAAACCUUUGUUUGCAAUUACAGAGAUCAUACGUUUCCUGUAGGUCUUGACCAGGUUUGCACACACUGCAGCAGGAUUUUGGCCCACUCCUCCAUACAGACCUUCUCCAGAUCCUUCAGGUUUCGGGCUGUCGCUGGGCAAUACGGACUUUCAGCUCCCUCCAAAGAUGUUCUAUUGGGUUCAAGUCUGGAGACUGGCUAGGCCACUCCAGGACCUUGAGAUGCUUCUUACGGAGCCACUCCUUAGUUGCCCUGGCUGUGUGUUUCGGGUCGUUGUCAUGCUGGAAGACCCAGCCACGACCCAUCUUCAAUGCUCUUACUGAGGGAAGGAGGUUGUUGGCCAAGAUCUCGCGAUACAUGGCCCCAUCCAUCCUCCCCUCAAUAUGGUGCAGUCGUCCCGUCCCCUUUGCAGAAAAGCAUCCCCAAAGAAUGAUGUUUCCACCUCCAUGCUUCACGGUUGGGAUGGUGUUCUUGGGGUUGUACUCAUCCUUCUUCUUCCUCCAAACACGGCGAGUGGAGUUUAGACCAAAAAGCUCUAUUUUUGUCUCUUCAGACUACAUGACCUUCUCCCAUUCCUCCUCUGGAUCAUCCAGAUGGUCAUUGGCAAACUUCAGAUCGGCCUGGACAUGCGCUGGCUUGAGCAGGGGGACCUUGCGUGCGCUGCAGGAUUUUCAUCCAUGACGGCGUAGUGUGUUACUAAUGGUUUUCUUUGAGACUGUGGUCCCAGCUCUCUUCAGGUCAUUGACCAGGUCCUGCCGUGUAGUUCUGGGCUGAUCCCUCACCUUCCUCAUGAUCAUUGAUGCCCCACGAGGUGAGAUCUUGCAUGGAGCCCCAGACCGAGGGUGAUUGACCGUCAUCUUGAACUUCUUCCAUUUUCUAAUAAUUGUGCCAACAGUUGUUGCCUUCUCACCAAGCUGCUUGCCUAUUGUCCUGUAGCCCAUCCCAGCUUUGUGCAGGUCUACAAUUUUAUCCCUGAUGUCCUUACACAGCUCUCUGGUCUUGGCCAUUGUGGAGAGGUUGGAGUCUGUUUGAUUGAGUGUGUGGACAGGUGUCUUUUAUACAGGUAACGAGUUCAAACAGGUGCAGUUAAUACAGGUAAUGAUUGGAGAACAGGAGGGCUUCUUAAAGAAAAACUAACAGGUCUGUGAGAGCCGGAAUUCUUACUGGUUGGUAGGUGAUCAAAUACUUAUGUCAUGCAAUAAAAUGCAAAUGAAUUACUUGGGGGAUUUUCUGGAUUUUAGUUUUAGAUUCCGUCUUUCACAGUUGAAGUGUACCUAUGAUAAAAAAUUACAGACCGCUACAUGCUUUGUAAGUAGAAAAACCUGCAAAAUCGGCAGUGUAUCAAAUACUUGUUCUCCCCACUGUAUAUUUACUUCCUGGUAGGCUAUAGCCCCCGUCUCCCCUGAUCUGCAUCAGAUGUGCUCAUAAAUGUGCUGCUACUCACAGAAUGUUUCAGAGAUCUCAAGUUAUGAUUGACUACUGCGUGCAUUUCAUCAAAUGCUCUGUCUAAACACCAAUAAUAAUGUGUGCCUCUGGUUCUUUCCCUGUGUUUGGUCCGGACUACGUUCUCACCUGCAGCGAACCGCACCACGGUACGAAUUGAAUCGGACCGAGACCAUCCUUUUUGAACGAAUCACGGUGCUUUGUUUAGUGCAUUCCCCAGUGCGGAUGGUGUUCAAAUGAAUACCAGUCCAAACGACCAAACUAAGGGGGAAAACGCGCCAGAGUUUGGGAAUAAUAACUGUCAUCAAGGCAAAGGGUGGCUAUUUGAAGAAUCUCAAAUGUAAAAUGUAUUUUGAUUUGUUUAACACUUUUUUGGUUACUACAUCAUUCCAUAUGUUAUUUCAUAGUUUUGAUGUCUUCACUAUUACUCUACAAUGUUGAAAAUAGUAAAAAUAAAGAAAAAUCCUGGAAUGAGUAGGUGUGUCCAAACCUUUGACUGGUAGUGUAUGUGUGUUUAGUAUUGUGAAGGCAAGUAGGCCCCAUUGAAGAUAAUCCCAAGCUGUUUGGUUGUGUCACUGCAGAUUCAGGUGGAAUGUGGGAGGACCAGGAGGCAGAAGAGGAGGAGGAUGAUGAGGAGGAUGAAGGGCUGGCCGGGCAGCUGCUGUCUGACCUCAUUGCUUCCAACAAAUAUGGUGAGAAUAGACCAAAAAUAAGUUGAUGCUGGAUAGUAAACAAUGCUGAAAAAGACUUCAUAUAGUGGAAAAAUGUAAAAGCCCUUAUUAUUUACGGUUUAUGUAUAGUAAGAAUGAAAAAUGCAUCGACUCGUUGUGGCUACAAAAUCAUCAGGGUGACAAAACGACUUCCCUCUCUCUCAGGCUCUUCCAGAGGUCUACUCCAUCAGUGUAGUAGGCAGCCAUCUUGGUUUUGGGGCUCUAUCUGCCUUGUUUCACAGGUAUCAAACUGUCUUUUUUUAAUCUCUCAGAUGAAGACUACUAUGAGGAUGAUGAUGAGGAGGAUCCAGAUGCCUUGAAGGACCCCAUAUAUCAGAUAGACCUUCAGGUAAUGCCUCGCUAAUCUGCUCAUCUCUCAUUCAGAUUUAGUUCACACAAACAUUACUACUUAGGGCGGAUGUGGUUGUGCUCCAACUAAUUGACCUUGAGGAAAUGUUAUAAAGUUGUAUUGAACAGAUUUCAACGGUGUCUUUGCAGUUGUAUUUUAAUGUCUUAAAUUCACUUUUAAAUGAAGUUUGUUGUACUUUGUGUUCCAGGCCUACCUGACAGAUUUCCUGACCCAGUUUGCCCAGUCGCCGUGCUACAGCAUGUUCUCUGGCCAUCUCAACGACGCUGAGAGGAGAGUCCUGCAGACUAUUGGCAUC